GGAUUUAAUCACUCAAUGCCACCUCCCCCAAUUCAGUACAACUCUGAUGGACUUCCGAUGCGAUGGGGUGAGCAAGUAUGUUCUUUCUAUGUCAGUUACCGUCGUUGUGGCUACCGAGAAGGCUGCAAGUUCCACCAUCCAGAGCUAAACUACUACGUCCCUCAAGAGUAUGCAGGUUCUCAAGCUUUUGGUCAAGCUCAGGAGUAUCAUGAUGGACCAUUUGAAUCUAAUGAUGGACUGUUAGGAUCCUCUGAUGGAGAAUUUAUUCCAAUUAACGAGUAAUAUAUAUGAGUAAAUAUAUAUGCUUGAUAAGAAAACUUGUUGACUUUAAUGUUUGGAGUUUGGAUAUGUUGACGUUUUAAACAACUGGAUGUUUGU